AUGCACUUUUCAGCUCAACUCAAUGAGUAUCAAAUUCACCAUACAAGCGAGUGGCGCAUUGAAAAUGCUAGAGACGCACCUUUGGAUAGAGAGAAGAAAUGGAGAAAAACAAGCGAUAUAGAGACCGAUCGCCGGCUGUCGCGCCUCGUCUCAUGGAGGACGGCGCACUUCACUCUGCAGCUAAAAUUGACUCGCGAUGGCCGUACAGAGAAUCUAGGGAGGCGCGAGAAAGGAAUAACUGAACCUCGGCGGCCGGUGCUACUGUGCACGGUGGCGGGUACGGCGGUGGUGGUCAUCUCGCGGGCCGGGCAAAAUCAGAGUUCACAAAUCAUUGUUCAAAAUCCAUCCCCAAAUCAACAUAUCUGCUGCAGUCUUGUCGCUCACCGCUCGAGUUCCGCUUCCUCACACUUGCAGCACGCCGGUCUCGCAGUUCCCGCUUCUUCGCCGCCGGCGCCGAGCUUUCGCCAGCCGGCUUCUUGCAGUGCCGCCGCCGUGAGGGAUAGAGAUUCUGGGAAUAGUUGA